AACAAAGGGUCCCAAUGCCCAUCACCACCCCAUUGGUCCCACAGCAGAUCCUAUAAGCUUUUCUUAUCGUACGUCAGCGCAAAUCCGUCGCCCUCCGCACUUCGUAUUUGCUCACAAUCAUCAUCAAUCAAUUCAAAGCUCGCUCUCUCGCCGGACAGAGGAGGGAUACUCUGUUAUGUAAGCUACAGACCUCCGUCCAGUAUAUCAGCAUACUUUGCAUCGAAGAAUUUGAUCUCCAGUCAACAAUCCUGGAGUUGCCUCUGUUUUGCCCUAAUUUUCCCUGAUUAGGGUUUUCAGUUCCAUCUUGCUUGCCUUACGAUUGGAAAAAAAAAACUCACCGGUUUGAUUCAGUGGUUCAAAAGGAUUCACGGGCUUCAAGUCCAACCGCGAACCCCAAAGUUCAUGCCAACAAGUACUGCCUUUUUCGAACUGAUGAUUGUAGGUUAAAACCUGGUUUUGAGUAAUGGGAAGUAGGGAGAUGGAUAAACCUGUAAAGGAGGCAAAAGAAUCGACAAAAGAGACUCCAACUUCCCAGGAGCAGUCCUCAGGUAAUCCCAUGGGGGCUGUCCCUGAUUGGACGGGUUUUCAGGCUUAUUCCCCUAUGCCUCCACAUGGGUACUUAGCAUCAAGUCCUCAAGCACCUCCCUACAUGUGGGGGGUUCAGCAUCUUAUGCCACCUUAUGGUGCACCCCAUCCGUAUCUUGCUAUGUAUCCCCAUGGUGGCAUGUAUACUCAUCCAUCUAUGCCUCCGGGAUCAUAUCCUUAUCCAUAUGCAAUGCCCUCUCCAAACGGUGUUGCUGAAGCUUCUGGUAAUACUACACCUGGAAGUAUGGAAGUGAAUGGUAAGUCGUCUGAGGGGAAAGAGAAACUUCCUAUUAAACGAUCAAAGGGAAGUCUUGGAAGUUUAAAUAUGAUCACAGGCAAGAACAAUGAAUCCAGUAAAGCAGGUGCAUCUGGUAAUGGAUCUUAUCCCAAAAGUGGUGAGAGUGGAAGUGAAGGUUCAAGUGAAGGAAGUGAUGCAAAUUCUGAAAAUAAUUCACAAAUGAAGUCAGGAUCAAGGCAGGAUUCUAUGGAAGGUGAAGAAUCUCAGAAUGGAAACAACAUGCAUGGUUGUCAAAAUGGAGGGCCAAAUCAUUCAAUGGCGAUUGUGCCAAUAUCAGGUCCAGGAAGUGUUGUAGGUGGUCCCACCACAGGCACAAAUUUAAAUAUUGUUUCAGGGGGAAUGCUUGCUGCUGCUGCUGGCUCAAGGGAAACCAUUCAGCCACAGAUCUGGCUACAGGAUGAAAGGGAGCUAAAGAGGCAGAGAAGGAAGCAAUCCAAUAGGGAAUCUGCUCGCAGAUCCAGAUUACGCAAACAGGCGGAAUGUGAUGAACUGGCUCAACGGGCAGAAGCGUUGAAGGAUGAAAAUGCGUCUCUUAGAGCAGAAGUGAAGCGUAUUAGGACUGAUUAUGACCAGCUUCUUGCUGAGAAUGCAUCCCUUAAGGAGAGACUAGGGGAAACUCCUAAAAAAAAUAAUGAAGAGGGAGAAACACAAACAUAGUUGACAGCUGGGGUGGGUUUAACCUAACGGAAUGGAACUAGCAGACAGGAAAAAUCUGUGGUUUUACUUUUACUUUUACUUUUACUUUUACUUACAUGGUAGUAACUAGUAGUAGUAGUAGUAGAAAGACCCCAUUGAUACUGACCAUUUUUCCUCUUUUAGAUGGCAGGAUAUUAUUAAUGACAUGAUAUCAAUUGUAUCCAUCUUUUCUGAAUUCAUCUAUCUUCUUGAGGAAACAUAACUUGUAGAUUUUUGUGCCAA